AUGGAUUCCGAGUUUGACGAAGUGAUGAAGAUAUUCAGAACCAAUUUACCUUAUGAGGAAGUGCAAGCUCUGGUUACUUCACACCUCGAGAAAUGGUAAAUUGAUUAUAUUAAGAAUGUGGAAGCAGAAGAGUACAAAAAAGCUUAUAAAAUAGCUAAGAAGGUGUGUGUAAUAUUGCAACAGAAUCUUAAGUGUCUCUGUUUGAAGAUCCAAAACCAACUCCCCAACAUUAAGGAUAUCAAAGACAUGAUUAUAACGCUCUUAGAUGAUUAUAGAUAGUUUUCAGAUGCAGAAAUAAGUCAAAUGUUUGAUGUCAAAUUGAAAUUAAAAAAGAAUGAGGAUGUCUUGCCCUUUGAGUUGAAAAGAUUACAAGAGUUUUUAGAAGAUCACCUAUUUAUUCUAAUUUCGUUUGUCAACAAUAUCGGUGCUAUUGAGAUCCUCAGGAAGAAGACUCAAAUUGGACUGAACUACAUUUGCAGAGCCUUAUCGAUUCGAUCCUAUCUGAUGACAAAGAAUUUAUUUAUUUAUCAGUAGGUUCAAUUGCAAUUGAAUGUCUGUUUCGCAUUAAAUCAAAGCAAUUAACCUUAACAAGCUAUUUAAUUGAUUACUGUUCCCAUGCAGAUUUUAGAGGCGUUAAAUUAGGACAGCAAAACCCAUGAUUUUCUGGUUAAGAAUAGAAUCACAUUUUCAUUAAUUGAAUAUUCAAUUAACAAUAACUAAAAGGCAAUGAUCCCAUAUCCAAAAGAAAUUCCCCCGUUUUAGAUUCAUUAUCAUCUACUUUUGGGAUAUCAGUUCUUUGCCAAAGUAUUUGAACUUUUAGGAAAAACUAAAUCUUAGUAGGAAUGCUAACAGUACUAUAACAGGAUGUAUGAUGAAUACAAAAGAAUGAAUCCUAAGGCAUUUGAAUAGUUGAAACAGAAACAAGAAUUGCUAGCAUAAUUAUAACAGAAGUCAUCGAGAUAGAGCACAUAAUAGAAGUAAGAGAAACAAAAAACGGAGACGAUUUAAGUGGAGAAGGAUGAGAUAGAGAGCGAGAGAUUGGGCGAGGAUAAUUCAAUUGUUUUUUUUGAUUCUUGGGAAGACGAGUCAUUCAAUGUGGCAAUGAAUUUGAGGGAAGAAUAGGAUUGUUUGGAGAUAAUAAUUUACUCUGUGGAGAUAGGAUUCACAAAGAAAUUGUACGUUUCACUAUUAGACUUACGAGGAGAUUAUAAGGACAUACAGACUUAUCAAAAUCUGUUCAAUCAAAUUUAGGUGAUAGAUUUGGAGAGGGGACAAUUUGAUUUGGUGAAUCAGAAAUGGUAUGAGACAAUCUCUGGGUGUAUGCAUAGAAUAGCUAAUUGA